AUGAAGUAUAUGAGCCUUGACCAGCGAGGCCAUGUCCUGGCGGAGUAUGUCUGGAUUGAUGGAUCCGGUGGUGUCCGCUCGAAAACAAAGACACUUAAGGGAUCCGUGAAGUCAGUCGAGGAGCUUCCCGAAUGGAACUUCGAUGGCUCGUCAACAGGCCAAGCCCCUGGCGAAAACUCAGACGUCUACCUUCGCCCCGUCGCCAUGUACGCGGACCCCUUCCGUCGUGGCGACAACAUCCUCGUCCUUUGCGAAACCUGGGACUCGGACGGAUCACCCAACAAGUUCAACUACCGCCACGAGGCCGCGAAACUCAUGCGCACCCACGCAAACGAACACUUUUGGUUCGGUCUAGAACAGGAAUACACCCUGCUUGGGCCCGAUGGGUGGCCAUAUGGCUGGCCCAAGGGAGGGUUCCCAGGUGCUCAAGGCCCAUACUACUGUGGUGUGGGAACUGGCAAGGUCCACUGCCGUGAUAUCGUUGAGGCUCACUACAAGGCUUGUUUAUAUGCUGGCAUCAACAUCUCCGGUGUCAACGCGGAAGUCAUGCCUGCUCAGUGGGAGUUCCAGGUUGGGCCCUGCGAGGGUAUUAACCGUGAGUUAUCUCAUCGCACCCUCAGCACACAUGUAUAG